AUGGACAUCGGCGGCCUGGAGACGGUGGUCGCCAACUCCGCUUAUGUGUCAGCCCGCGGGGGUCCGGGGGCUCCGAGCCGGGAUCGGCGGCAGCGCCUGCGGCUGCCCCACAUCAGCCAGUGCGAGGCGCUGCGAGCGCGCCUGGCCGGGGGAGGAGGAGGAGGAGGAGGAGGAAGGCAGGAGGAGGAGGAGGAGGACAGGUCGUUCGCGUGGCAGUGCGUGGAGCAGCCCAUCGGGCAGCGGCUGUUCCGGAGGUUCCUGGCCCGGACCCCGGAGCUGGCGGCGGCUGCGGAGCUGUGGGAUGAGCUGGAUGCGCUGGGGCGCUGCGAUGGAGCCGAGCGGGACGAGGCGGAGCGGAGGGUGCGGAGCCGCUUCAUGGCCCCGGGAGCGGAGCAGCGCUGCGGGUUCCUCAGCGAGCAGGCGCGAGGGCUCCCUUACCCGUGUGCCCUUGCAGAUGACUUCUCCCUGGCGCGUGCCGAGCUGCUGGGCCACCUGGAGGCCGUGGCGUGGGGCCCGUACCGCUCGGCGCCGGAGUUCGGGCGCUUCGCGCAGUUCAAGUGGCUGGAGCGGCAGCCCGUGGGCGCCGAGGCCUUCGCCGAGCUGCGGGUGCUGGGCCGCGGCGGCUUCGGCGAGGUGUGCGCGUGCCAGCGCCGCGCCACCGGCAUGCUCUACGCCAACAAGCGCCUCAACAAGAAGCGCCUCAAGAAGAGACAGGGCUACGAGGCCGCCCUGGUGGAGAAGCGGAUCCUGGCGCGGGUGCACAGCCCGUUCAUCGUGGCGCUGGCCUGCGCCUUCCAGACCAAGAGCGACCUCUGCCUCGUCAUGACCAUCAUGAACGGCGGCGACCUGCGGUACCACAUCUACAACGUGGACGAGCAGAACCCCGGCUUCCCCGAGCCCAGGGCUGUGUUCUACACGGCACAGAUCCUGCUGGGCCUGGAGCACCUGCACCAGCACCGCAUCGUCUACCGAGACCUCAAGCCCGAGAACGUCCUGCUGGACGACGCUG